GAUGGCUAGAGUGUUCUAACUGCACUGGUAAAACGUAAGAUCUCGAAGAAGACAAGAUGGCUCGCAGAGGAAACGCAAUCUGCAGCACAUUUGCGGUUAUCUUGAUCAUGAUCUCACAACAGACCUGUGUUCAGUCUACUGUGAAUUAUGUGCGCGUUGGAUGUUUUAAAGACAAACCUGAUCGUCGAGCAAUGACACUUCUUGCAAGUUACCGAAAUCCUGAAGACAACACAAUGGACUGGAAUGACUUGAAAACAUCUGUGGUCGACAAAUGCGCUCGCAAGGCGAAAGAAAACGGAUCGACAUUUUUUGGUAUCCAGUAUUUCGGGGAAUGCUGGGGUCUGCCUGGUCAAUAUAAUCAAUACGGAGUAUCUCUAAACUGCCAAUCCAUAGGAGGAGCUUUCGUGGGGCGAAACUAUGCAAACUAUGUUUAUAUGCUGACUGAAGGUGAGUGCACAAAUUACGAAAUCCUGAACAACUUCACAAGGUCUCGUAACUAUACUCGUUUUCUAAAUCGAUGUGAUUCUUUCAACUACGGCUGGAAAAGUGGAUGGUACAGGUUUGACGGGGCAUCCGGAAAGCUGAUGGCCAACAGCUGUGUCUCUUACGGUCAUUGUGGAACACACCAAACCGGCUGGUUUAAUGGGAGACUACCUCGGGUCGCAGAGGGAAAAAUACCCGCAUGGGUGUGCUUUAACGACCGAAGUAGUUGCUGUAAUGAUAAGACAAAGCUUCAAAUUUCUGUACGUCGAUGUGAUGGUUUCUACGUAUACAACUUGCCCAGGUCGACAAAUGGAUGUUUCAAAGCUUAUUGUGGAAAUGGUCCUUAGAGGGAAACCACGGCAAAUGAAACAAAACAUGUCAACGCCUCCUAUAAAACAAGACCAAAAACCGUGAAGGAAAAAUACUUAAACUUGUAAUCUGCUAAAGUAUGGGAUGAAAUAAAAUAAACAAUGAUGAAAUCUCGAUUGAACGAUCAGUACUGACUGGGUUGUGUACAAGAAUCAGGCUUUAUAAAGCCGAACAGCAUUGAGAGAAAAGCGGUAUGAGAAAGAGCAGUCCCCAAUCUUUUUAUUUUCAUCUCCAUUUUACGGGCCAAACUGGGAGCCUGUAACAAGAGACAAUAAAAACAACUGACCUCAAGUUUUGCAUAUCGUCUGAUGGAAAGUAAUCACCAUAAUACACGCUAACAACUUCAUCUUUCGCCUUGCCUACAUGUAUAAGGCCUUAGUACUUGACCGCGCCCACGCAAAUUAAUUUUUUAUCCGUUGGUGAGUUGUGACGACAAUUAGGAAUUAAUACUUUGUCUUUAUGUCGCAUUUUAAUUUUAAGGGUGGUUUCAAGCGUUCGACGGAAAAGAUCGAGUAACGAGAUUAGUCGCGCUUAGAAUAUUUAGGUGAUAAAGAUGAUUUCUUUCGAUUUAGGAAUCACACUUUGUGGCUAAAGGCGUUUCAAGGGAAAUAAACACAUUGCUUUCUAAAUUUAAUCGUAUAUUUUAGUAAGAAAUGGGGCUUUUCCAAUUUGUCGUCAUUGGCCUAGAAACCAGCGACUGAUUAGCUAAACCUUUGAGAUUUUCUCCGCUGAAAUCACCGUUCCAUUCACAAUUUUCUCCCAGAAUCUCCGGAAUUUUCGGUUGCAUGGUUUCGGAAAUUCAUUAGUUCGCGAAUCCCCUGAGAAAUUGCCAUACCAUUCGCUCCGUUGCUCCCCAAAUUUCCGGCAGUUUUGGUUCAAUACAAUUUUUGGAUUAACGUCGGGAACCUGGGGUACAGUACAGUUUGUAGUUUCCAGGCUUCAACGAGCGCUUAUUCCAAGAUGGCGACUUUGUUACAUGUGCAAUGAGGUUCCAAUUGGAAGCCUUUUCAACUAGUCAAUUCCAUCAUAACUUGCGAUCAACGCCUGAUAAGUGGCUAGCUGAGAAGUCUGCUGACUGAUUUCAAAAUGUUUACAGUUACAGGACGACUUCCAACGGAGAAUUCCAAGUGGCAUUUGGAAAAUGCAGGCGUCCCAAACUCACGAUAGAAUUUAACACCUCAAAAAAACCCCAAAACGAUGAAAUAGGCCAAAUGGACAACAGAAACCAGGCAUGGUGAGUACAUUUUCUAUAUUUUAUUCAAAGAAGUAACAUUUGAUUUCGUUCCGCGUUUUUAUCCUUCGUUAUAUUGAACUCCAUACAGUGCCAUUUAGAGCGCUCAAAUUAUCAACGGCCCAAAGUGUAACACAACAACUAUACUUUAGGAGGUCACGUCCCACUCGACACGUGUACAUACAUGUAAAUCAUUAAUAUUUGAUUGAUUCCUCGAAUCGUGAGUUUGGGACGCCUUUGAUUUAACUAAUUUUUUAAUCAAGUCUAAAACAAUGUUGGCCCUCUUUAGGCAUCAUACUGCUAAAGACAGUGUGUACCUGUUGAAGCUUUGCCGUGUGUAAAAUAAUUACAUUCAGUUGGUUUCCUUGUUGCUAUUUUAAUGACUGUGAGUAACCUAACAGUCAUCUUGAAUGCGUGCGUGAUUAUGUUCCACAAUGACGUAGAAUCCUUCCUUCCGGCGUAAAACCAUUAUUAAACCACAUUGAGACUGAUUUGCAUGGGUCACCAUGUGGUUUGUCUAGAGUUUGAUAUUAUGCCUGGUUAGAAAUACUAUAGAAAAACAACCACCUUAACGAAUAGAAUUCCAAAACUUCAUCGAGAGAUUAUCGAACGCAUUGUCGAAGCUCAUAUAAAACAAGCAAGGUUUUAAAACAUUUUAAAAAAUGUUUGUAAAAGGCAAAGAUGGAAAUUCUUGGUUUUAGUCACGCCAUGCACUGUCGAGGAAAACUGCAAAUUUUGCGAACAUUUGCGUGUUUUAAGCCUGUUAUUUAACAAUCCUAAAAUCUUUUAUUGGGUGUUUCUAACAGUAAAGAUGUCUCGUUUUUGGUUUGGUGUCUGGACUAGAUGAAUAUCUAAUUGUUAAAAAAAAAGAAACAUUCGUUGGCUCUCACAAGUCAGUUUCUUGUUUACAUGUAGCUCGUAGAUACGUUGAAUUUACACUAACAUGACCCGAGAAGACAAAAUUCAGUUCACUUUUCGAGGUCUAGGAGAUAACAAUUUUACUGAAUCCAUCUUAAUGUGAAUUAGAGUCCGUAGUAACCACACUUCCAAGUUUCGUUUCAUGUAAACCUUAGCAAUGCCGUUCGCCCAACCCGGAAGAACAGCUGCAGUCGUGGGUGGAAGGUUCUCGAUAAUUACUGAUGUCAUGUUACGUGUGCUAAAAAUUUUCUGUCAGGAUCAUGUUCCAUAUUAUAGUUUGGUGUUGGUUUUGAAUGAAGGAAUCCAAUUUUCAGCAGCAUACAUGCAUCCAGAUUACCCCCCACACACGCAUGCGCAUGCAUGGAACUUAUACAAGCCUGUAAUCUCACGGAAGUUCAUGAAACGGAUUUUUAAGUCCAUUAGAAAAUUGUCGGAGACAGUUGACGAGUAGUCUACUGGCUAUAUACGUGUAUGAAACAAAGUUGCGUUUCCCACAAGUGAGCGGAUGUUGUGCGUGUCACCAAUAAAUAGUCCGUUGAGCUAAUGGAGAUUCGGUCACGCUAGGUGGAUAACCACUGGGCGUGACUCGGCAGUGUCCGGCAAUCUAAGGGAGUUAGUCACGACACGCGCGCUGUACAGAAGAACGCGCGAGGCUUGAAAGUGACGCCAAAAAAAGUUUAAAACAUGAAAAAGAAAAGAAAAAAAAUAUAAAAGCACAUAGAACAGCAAAUAACAAGCGCAAAAAAAACCCAGAAAAAUCAGAAAAAAAAGAAAA